UCCAGCAGCUGCUGAAUUGUCCACGGGCGGAAAAAGAAAAUAAGCCUUUUAAAAAACGUUAAUAGCCAAUGUAACGGAGACAAAGGGGGCUUAAAAUCAAUAUUCAGAUGAGGGAAAAGUUGUUAUUUAGAGUAUCCGAAGGCACAGCCUGAGAUCGCCGUUCGAUGUGCUGUGCGGGGCUGUCACUUCGCCAGGUUCUUUGUGUUUGAGAUGGUUUGUUUGUGUUGACUAGAGCGGCUCCUGGGGUUUCCUACCGUCCGCAAUGCAUGGGGGAGUCAAUUAGUUUGGUUUCGUGUUGGAAGAAAUCAGUUUGGAGGCAACGGGGGUUCGGCCACAGAAGGCAUAUCUUAACCACAAGAUAUUGAGAGAGGGGGUCUGAAGAGGAGAUGGGCAAUUGUCUGAAAUCUCCGACGUCGGAUGAUAUAUCUUUGCUACACGAAUCCCAGUCGGACAGGGCUAGUUAUGGUGACGGGACCGACCCGGACCAGGAACCUCCGCCGCCAUACCAGGAGCAGAUGCAGGUUCCCGUGUACCACCCCACGCCCAGCCAGACACGCCUCGCCACUCAGCUGACGGAGGAGGAGCAGGUGCGCAUUGCCCAGCGGAUCGGCCUCAUCCAGCACCUGCCUAAGGGAGUGUACGACGCUGGCAGGGAUGGCUCUGAGAAGAAGAUCAGAGAGUGUGUGAUCUGUAUGAUGGACUUUGUGUACGGAGACCCAAUCCGAUUCCUGCCCUGCAUGCACAUCUACCACAUGGACUGUAUAGACGACUGGCUCAUGCGAUCCUUCACCUGCCCGUCCUGCAUGGAACCCGUGGAUGCUGCGCUGCUCUCUUCUUAUGAGACCAACUGACCCUGCCCAAAACCCCUCCCCUCCCACCCCCUCAGCCCCA